ACCCACCACCUCAUUCCGCUGACGAACUACCCAAGCCGUCCACCUCCGCAACCCCUGACGAACAAAGGAGUUAUUUUCCCUCCGUAAAUCUACCAUAAAACCCCUUUCUGUGCUCGUGGUUCUUUCUCCACUACCCACUACACCCAUCAUCUCGGACCAGCGACCGAACCCUCCUCCCUUCUCCCGCAAAGUUUCAAAAUGGGCCUCUUUUCCGUCAUUCUCUUGAUCGUGAUCACCAUCAUCGUUCGUCCCCACCCCCCUUCUCCCCUCUUCCCCCUCUACUAGUGAGGGGCUGGCUAACCCGACCAGUUCCCGCCCCUCGGAGUCUUUGCCGUCGCAGGGUGCGGUGCCGACCUUCUUAUAAACAUCUGCCUGACCAUUCUGGGCUAUCUUCCUGGACACGUAAGUUCCAACGAGCUCUAGGUAUGCAGGUAUUGAUGAUGAAUAGUUGCAUGCGUUCUACAUCGAAUACGUCUACUACGAACGUAAAGAACAGGCGGUGGCGGGGCGUAUGGCCAGUGAGAGGGCUCCCGGGAUUUACUCGGAGAGGGUGCAGGGGACGGUGUAUGGGACUGCAUCGAGUGCUUAGGGGGUGAAGGGAUGAGGCAAAAAAAGGGGGAGGGACUAUAUCUUCGUUUAGGCGUCGGAUUAUGGGGUUAAAUGAGCCUUCUUGCAAGGGGAUGGAUUGAUGGAUGAAUGGAUUGAAUGUUUGCUUGGAUUGGGUGAUUGCGUUUGCGCACGGGUGGGAUGGGUGCCUUUUAGCGACUGGAAGUUGAAUCAUGAUUUUUUUAUCCCCGAAAAUCAACGGGCUUUAUGCGGCGGUGACUGUACCCCCAUCACUCCGCGGCUGAGGCGCUAGUGGGUGCCUGAUCCUGCAGUAAUCUUACCAUGCUUAGCCUACCGUGCUGGCCCGCGGAACUUUGACCGCCUACUAGGGGGAUGUACGAUCUCGGUGCAAAAAAGAGGUUAACCCCCCAUGUUAAAUCUUUUGGGCUCGUAUUGUAGGAUUUGUUCCGACGACAAUAUUAUAUAUAUAAUAUUAUAUAUACGCAUAUAUAUCCAUAAAUCCAAUCCCC